AUGGAGGAACGUCCUGCAAAGCGCACAAAGCGCACAACCAGCGCCGCCAUGUGGGAUGAGGACGGGAAGUCGAGCUCGCGGCCUAGUUCGAGUGGAAAGGACCACAAACAGAGGCCACGCGAUGACAGGGACGAAGACCGUCGCGGACCCAGAAGAGACGGCGAGCGGAGAAAGAGAUCGAAGUCGCGAGACACCCCUGACAGACGGAAAGAGCGGAGCAGAUCUCAAGAGAAGCCGCCGCGUGAUCGAGACCGCGAUCGCGACAGGAACAGGGACAAGGAACGUGAGCGUGAACGAGAGCGAGACAGAGGUGGACGGGACCGAGAUGUCAACGGCCACAGCCGGCGAGAGCGGAGCAGAAGUCGUGACAGGAAUCGAGAUUCUAAAGAUCGCCGAGCCGAACGCCCACAUCGACGCUCCCGAUCACGCUCACCAGCCAGGAAUAGUGGUCGCGACCCUGUACGCACACGCUCCCCUCUUCGACGGAGUGAUCAUGAUCGGGCCAGGCCUCGGGACCGGAACAAGCCCGACGAUGAAGGGCCAAGAGCACCGAAACCGAGAGAGGCAGAGAUUGCGGACAACCCUGUAGCUAACGGUGAUGCUAUGGCUGUUGAUGAAGAUGAUGAAGACGCUCUUCUGAAAAAGUUGAUGGGUUUUACCACGUUCAAGUCGACGCAGAAUACGAAGGUGCCAGGGAACCAGAUUUACGGCGUGAGGAAGGAGAAGAAGACGACAUAUCGACAAUACAUGAACCGCGUUGGUGGAUUCAAUAGACCUUUGAGUCCGUCGAGAUGA